CGACACAUCAUAUAAGUGUGACUUGUCAUAAGAAAUAUGCUGACAGAAUAUUAUCGUGGAUGUCGAGUGGAAUCUCUUCUUUUAAAGUCAUUUCUUUUUUAAUUUGAAAAGAUAUUUUGUAUGACAGUGCCUUGUUGUAAACUGGGGUUAAAUUUUCUUUCAGUUUUUAGCAUGAGAAAUUUAUUAUUUCUUUAAUUUCUUCCCCAAUUUUAUUUCCUUUCAUUAAAUUGUAAACAAACAUGGCUGAAAGCGAACCACAACCCGCCAAUGGCUGGUUUAGCAGUUGGAUCCAAUCUGCUAAAGAGAAAUCUUCAACAGCUUUUGAAUUUGUAAAACGAGAUUUAGCAGAAUUCAGCACUGUUAUCCAGUCCGACACCAGCAAAGCUGUUUCAAUGACAAGGUCUACCAUUUCUGAAAAUUUAAAGGCUGAAAAUGCUGUUGUUGCCAAAAGUAAAAUGCAAGAAAGUUUCAGUCACUUUUUGCAUGGUAUUUCCAAGGCUCUUGAAGUUGUGGAGUUACCAGAAUCUAUCAAUGGCACAGAUGAAACUAAAACUGCUGUAUACGACCGAGCACAGGCUCGGCUCCAUGCCAUUCAAGUUGAUCCAGGGACUUACUGCAAUCCACCAUCCUCAACUGAUAAAUUUACAGAGUGGCUCAAGACUUUUGAAUUGGAAAAUGAGAAGGGAUCAAUCUCAGAGCUGCUUGUAUCAAAUGCUAAUAUUCGAGCCCUUUAUACUAAUUUGGUUCCCACAACUGUCUCUCACACGGAAUUUUGGCAUCGUUAUUUUUACAAAAUCCAUCAACUACAACAAGAUGAAGCCAGGAAGCUAGCUUUAAUGAAAAGAGCCGAUGAAUGCAAAGAUGAUGCGUUUUCUUGGGAUGAUGAUGAAGAUUGGAGUGCGGACGAAGAGACGGAGGUCAUCAAUCAUUCGACUCUUGCUGAGCUGGUCGACAACAUUGAAGAAGACAGCAAUGGUAAUACAAAGCAGAUGGAGGAGAAAGGGCUAGUAUCCUUGCCACCAGAACCAAAGAGGCACGAAGAAGAAGAGACUGUGUUUCGUAAAGCUGUGACAGUGGAAGAAGAAAUCGGUGCCGCUAGGAUAGUACCAGAAAAUGUUGCUUUGAGUCCAAUGGAACAAAGUAUAGCUGAACUCCCUGUUGAAAGCGAAGGCCUGUCGAGCCUCACACCAUCUUCUAUCACCAACUCUGAUGAUACCCUUGAUCAACUUCAAGACAUUUUUACCACAAGCACUUUUGUCAAUUCAGAUUCUUCGAUUAACGACACAUUAGUAGUGAUGAAACCAUUGACAGAAAUUCCCGAAUCCAACCUGCUUCCUCCACUCGAGGGAACCAAUAACAAUUCUAAUCAGUCCGAUAACGAUGACCAUAUCAACCAAACUGAAAUGAGCAGUAAAGAAAGUGAAAACGUCACACUCGACCCACACCCCAUUGACAACAAGAGCUUACCUGUGAAUGCCAACACGAACUGUGAAUGGAAGAGUUUAUCUGAGAGUCCUGUUUCUUCAUUCACCGACUCUUUUAACAAGUCUAAAGAGUUAAAAACAACUUGUAAAGGAGACAUGAUAGUUGUCGGUUCUCUGGCUGGCUCGCCCAGUUCCGAUGCAAGUGAUAUAAUAAAAGAUACUGCUAGUAGCUGUCCUGAUGAUGAAUGGGAACAAGACUUUGCUGUGGAUAUCACAGAAGAAGAUCUAAGAAAAGCUCAAGAAGCACUCAAAAAUCUCUCCACAACUCCACUAAAAGACGUUUACAGAACAUCUGGAGAUAUUGAGGAAGAAGAAUGGGAGAGCUGGGAGUAAAACUAUCAUUUUAUGUAUGUAUAUAACAAUAAAUACACCACUAUAACAACUGUGACUGCUUUCGUUGUUUGGAACACUGAGAAACACCUGGCUAAUGUAUAUAUUAUUUUUACCAGAUGAUAAACAACUGAUCCUUCAA